UCAAAGAGGCACACACUGAAUUAGCAUGGAGUGUUAUAAAAGGCUUGGAGCGCAAGCUCAUGUUGGUCUUAACAAGAAGAGAAGGCUUCAAUGGAUUCUCUUGUGGUCCUUGUGCUCUGUCUCUCCUGUUUGCUUCUCCUUUCACUCUGGAGACAGAGAUCUGGGAGAGGAAAACUCCCUCCUGGCCCCACUCCUCUCCCAGUCAUUGGAAAUAUCCUACAGAUAGGUAUUAAGGACGUCAGCAAAUCCUUAACCAAUCUCUCAAAAGUCUAUGGCCCUGUGUUCACUCUGUAUUUUGGCCUGGAACGCAUGGUGGUGCUGCAUGGAUAUGAAGCGGUGAAGGAAGCCCUGAUUGAUCUUGGAGAGGAGUUUUCUGGAAGAGGCCAUUUCCCACUGUUUGAAAGAGCUAACAGAAGAUUUGGAAUCGUUUUCAGCAAUGGAACAAGAUGGAAGGAGAUCCGGCGUUUCUCCCUCAUGACGCUGCGGAAUUUUGGCAUGGGGAAGAGGAGCAUUGAGGAUCGUGUUCAAGAGGAAGCUCGCUGCCUUGUGGAGGAGUUGAGAAAAACCAAAGCCUCACCCUGUGAUCCCACUUUCAUCCUGGGCUGUGCUCCCUGCAAUGUGAUCUGCUCCAUUAUUUUCCAUAAACGUUUUGAUUAUAAAGAUCAGCAAUUUCUUAACUUGAUGGAAAAGUUUAACGAAAACGCCAAGAUUUUGAGCAGCCCCUGGAUCCAGAUCUGCAACAAUUUUUCUCCUAUCAUUGAUUAUUUCCCGGGAACUCAUAUCAAAUUACUUAAAAACGUUGCUUUUGUGAAAAGUUAUAUUUUGGAGAAAGUAAAAGAACAUCAAGAAUCGAUGGACAUGAACAACCCUCGGGACUUUAUUGAUUGCUUCCUGAUCAAAAUGGAGAAGGAAAAGCACAACCAACAGUCUGAAUUUACUAUUGAAAACUUGGAAAACGCUGCAGUUGACUUGUUUGCAGCUGGGACAGAGACGACAAGCACAACCCUGAGAUAUGCUCUCCUUCUCCUGCUGAAGCACCCAGAGGUCACAGCUAAAGUCCAGGAAGAGAUUGAACGUGUGAUUGGCAGAAACCGGAGCCCCUGCAUGCAGGACAGGAGCCACAUGCCCUACACAGAUGCUGUGGUGCAUGAGGUCCAGAGAUACAUUGACCUCCUCCCGACCAGCCUGCCCCAUGCAGUGACCUGUGACGUUAAAUUCAGAAACUAUCUCAUUCCCAAGGGUACAACCAUAUUAAUUUCCCUGACUUCUGUGCUACGUGACAACAAAGAAUUUCCCAACCCAGAGAUGUUUGACCCUCGUCACUUUCUGGAUGAAGGUGGCAAUUUUAAGAAAAGUAACUACUUCAUGCCUUUCUCAGCAGGAAAACGGAUUUGUGUGGGAGAAGGCCUGGCCCGCAUGGAGCUGUUUUUAUUCCUGACCUCCAUUUUACAGAACUUUAAUCUGAAAUCUCUGGUUGACCUAAAGGACCUUGACACCACUCCAGUUUUCAAUGGAUUUGUCUCUGUGCCGCCCGUCUACCAGCUGUGCUUCAUCCCUGUCUAAAGAAGAGCAGAUGGUCUGGCUGCUGCUGUGCUGUCCCUGCAGCUCUCUUUCCUCUGGGGCGUUAUCCACCUUUCACUAUCUGUGAUACCUUUUCUGGCCUGUCAUCUCACAUUUUCCUUUCCCUCAAGAUCUAGUGAACAUUCAGCUUCCAUUAAGGAGAGUUUCCUAUGUUUCACUGUGCAAAUAUAUCUACUAUUCUCCAUGCUCUGUAACAGUUGCAUUGACUGUCACAUAAUGCUGAGACUUAUCUAAUGUUGAGGUAUUAAUAUGUUAUCAGUGUUAAAUAGAGAAAGAUGAUUUGUGUAUUAUAAUUCAAAGGCAUUUCUUCUUUGCAUGUUCUAAAUAAAAAACAUUAUUAUUUGCUGA